AUGGCAGGAUUUAUUUGGGUAAUUCGGGGGGCUCAGCAGAAAUUCAUCCCAAGGAACAAGAAACAUGCUAAGUGGAGGAUAAGGCAACCAAUGGCUGACAGGCAGCUGGAAGGAGAUCUAGAGACCUUGGCGAUCGUCACCUAUUCAACUAUUAGUGUGUCUCUUGUGGCACUGCUUCUCACUUUCUUCAUUUUGACCUGUCUAAAUGGACUCAAAUCCAACACUCGUGGUAUCCAUUGCAACAUUGCGGCAGCCAUCUUCUGUGCAGAGCUUGUCUUCCUUUUGGGAAUUAAUCAAACUGAAAAUCAGUUUCUCUGCACAGUGAUUGCCAUUUUGCUGCACUACUUUUUCAUGGCAACCUUUGCUUGGAUCUUUGUGGAGGGACUUCACAUCUACCGGAUGCAAACUGAAGCUCGGAACAUCAACUAUGGUGCUAUGCGGUUCUACUAUGCCAUUGGUUGGGGGGUUCCUGCCAUCAUCACAGGUCUUGCAGUUGGUUUGGACCCAGAAGGUUAUGGAAAUCCUGAUUUCUGCUGGAUCUCUGUUCAUGAUAAGCUGAUCUGGAGCUUUGCUGGACCAAUUGCUGUUGUUAUUGUGAUGAACAUUGUGAUCUCAUUGUUGGUAGCAAGAAUGUCCUGUGCCCCAACGCAGAAGGAAGCCAAGAAAAGAUCAAUUCUGGCUACCAAACGACGUGUGAGGAAUUGGGAUGCUGGGAUUAAACCUGGGCCCUACACUAACUUCGAUCCUAUCAGUUCUCUUACUACAAUUCGAAGCGCCUUCAUUCUGCUACUAAUUGUUAGUGCCACCUGGCUUUUCGGGCUGAUGGCCGUCAACAACAGCAUCCUUGCUUUUCACUACCUCUACACUGUUCUCUGCUGUUUUCAGGGACUGGCAGUCCUAGUAUUGUUCUGUAUCCUGAGUGAAGAAGUGCAGGAAGCCUGGAAGUUGGCUUGCCUUGGAAAGAAAAGCCAGGGUGAUGAUACAACGCGAGCACCUCAGCUCUCGGGCUCCCAUCCAUAUAAUAACACAUCACUGUUUGAGGAAAGCGGACUGCAUCGGAUAACACUUGGGACAUCCACAAUAUCAUCAGUUAGCACUGCCCGAUCUGCACGGACUCACUCCAGCCAGCCUGGAUAUCUCAGAGAAAAUUUGUUGGUACGACAGGGUUCUGCCUUGGAUCAAACCUUGUUGGGUCACACUGGGCCUACUGACAUAGAUGUUGCAAUGUUUCAUCGACCACAAGAUGCAGGUGGAGGAGGAGACAAUGAUUCUGACACUGAUAGUGAUUUGUCAUUGGAUGAGGAGCGUAGCCUUUCUUUGGCGUCAUCAGAAAGUGAGGAAAAUGAACGAUAUCGUGGACGCUUUCCACGCCGAUUUAAGCGGACAGCAAACAGUGAACGGCUGCUUACUGACCCCUUGCAUACAACUCCUAAAGAUUGUGAUGGCAAUGAUUUAAUAUCCUAUUGGCCAGCACUGGGUGAGUGUGAAGUUCAUGCCUGCUCACUGCAGAAGUGGGGCUCAGAAAGAAAGCUGGGCCUUGAUUUCAAUAAGGAUGCCACUAACAACAACCAACCUGACACAUCUAUUGCCAGCGGUGAUGAGAAUACACCAACCCAUCUAUUAAAACAAGAGCGACAGCGAAAAGGGAUUCUGAAAAACAGAAUGCAAUAUCCAUCUGCAACUCUGAAGAAUGAAAGUUCAAAUUCCAUCAACAGAAUGCAGAUUGAGUUGCCUUGGUACAAUACUUCAACACUAGGUCCCAGGGUUGUUCCAGCAGCCUCCUAUGGCCGUAUGUACUCCGGCGCUGGAAGUCUGUCUCAACCGGCCAGCCGAUAUUCAUCACGUGAGCAGUUGGAUAUGCUAGUCAGGAGACAUAUGUCCAAGGAACAGUUGGACGCACUCUCCAGCAGGCAUGCAUCACGAGACCGACUAGAAACUGUUCCCAGCCGGCAUGGGUCCAGAGAACAGCUAGACAUGACCCCAAGUGGGCAUGCUUCUAGAGAACAUCAAGACAGAGUACCCAGUAGGCAUGGGUCCAGAGAACAGCUAGACUCAAUACCAAGGAGGCAUGGUUCCAGAGAACAUCUAGAUAUGUUACCUGUAAGGCAAAUGUCCAAGGAAUGGCUAAACACUGUACCUAAUAGGCAAAUGUCGCGAGAGCAGAUGGACACUGUUCCCAGUAGGCAUGCAUCCCGGGAACAUUUAGAGGCUCUGUCAAAUAAACAACCCUCCAGAGAACAUCUAGAUACCCUAUCUAGAAGACAACCAUCUAGAGAGCAACUAGGUCUAACAUCAAGUCGACAUUCUUCACGAGAGCAACUCGACACAAUGUCUCGCAGGUAUUUAUCCAGAGAGCGUUUGGAUCCAAUGCCUAGCAGGCAUCCCUCCAGAGAACAACUAAAUACUUUGCCCAGAAGACAGCCUUCCAGAGAGCAACUAGGUCCAUUACCAAGCCGACAACCUUCUACAGAGCAAUUGGAUAUUCUGUCCUCCAUCCUUGCUUCUUUUAAUUCUUCUGCCCUUUCUUCUGCUCCCUCCACCACCACUCCAUCUGCCCCACAGACAACUUUUACCCCUUCAGGGGUACAGACAUCCUCAAUGACCUCUGCCCCAUGCCCCUCAACACCACAUUCUGCAACAUCUCACAGCAUCUCAGAGAUUUCGCCAGAUUCAGAAAUGGCAAGAGCUGAUACGCAGUCUUGAGGCAAUAUCGCUUUCCUGUGUCUGUGUUUUGUCUCUGUGGGUACCCAAAGGCACAAGUGGCACGAAGACCAAAUGUUACUGAGAAAUGGGACAAAUCACUCUACCUAAAACUUGAGGGGUCAAAGGAGUCAGCCACAACCUGCAGAGCCAUUGGGUCAAGAGUUAAAUAAAAGGAAAAUGGAUAUUACUUCAUUCUCAAAAUUGUUCCUAUCAGAGGACAUAUCUACUUUGAAAUCGCACUGAUUCGGGCACCAUUGUGAGUGCCAAAAAAGCAAAGAAUAUUGAACAUUCCAGACUAGGAGAAUAUUUAAUUUCUGCACCCACUUGAGAGAGAGAUGAUCUCCUCUAUUAGCAGCAACUUCCAUCUUUCUCUGUAGAGUUUUAUGGUAGAUAACAGGGUAGAUAGGUUAAAUAAGGAAGAAAACUACUGCCAUCCUCUAGUGUUCAAGCUCAAGACCUGCAACAGCCUAUAUUUCUUCAAAUCAUCACUAAUCUUCAUGAUGGAAUUAUUGCAGGCUCAUGUUAUCAAAUGUAAGAGAUAAAUAUUAGUACAGUAAUAAUUGCAUUUGGGACUAAUUGAGAGUUUAUUCAAACUAUAGUAGUAACAUGUAAUUUGCUUCACCAGUAUAGCCUGACUUGCAAUCCAGUAUCUCUUUGUUCAAGAGAAAAUGAUGCAAUGGAUGAGUUUGGAGUUGCCCAGUUUAUGCCAAUCUGCAUCGUAUAGAUCAUGUUACUGAAUAACCUGCUGUUGUGAGUAAAUUCCAGUCCCCCUCCCAAUUACACAAAUAAGCGCUGCACUACCAAACCAAUACACUCAGAUGACUAUUUAAUCUAAAGUGAAUUGAGAAGAUGGCGCAGUUUGCCAUUCAUAAGGUCUCCUUGAAGAAAACAUCCAAAAUCACUUUAUCAAGCAUUUUAUCUAAAAUAAUGGAACCAUUAUUUUUAUAAAUGUGUUUCCUGUUGUGAUAUUUUGAAAUUUCUGCACUAUUACAGUACAUAAAUAUCUUAUACAUGCUCAAUAUGACAGGCAAGGGACCCUAUAUCUUUUUCUAAGAAAUAAAUCUAUUCAUUACUUAAAGAGGGGCUUCACAGCAGAAAUCGUCUUUACAUUGUGGUCAGGAAACUUAUACUGUAAAUCCUAAACAUGCGUUUAUUUAUAAACACAGUACAUACUGGUUAAGUUCAUUCUGUAAUGUAACUUAUGAAUUUCUCUGUGCAUUCCUACUCACAACAUGAUGUUCACAAAUAAGCUCAUACACACCACAAUAACAGAAGGCAACUUCUGCUGAGAAUUUUGGAUCCAUAACUUUUAGAAAUGCAGGGUUCAUGAAAUUCUAAUGAAAUUCUAAUUUUAGUUAUCAUUAUCAAUUGGAACUCUUACCUGAAAAUAUUCUACAUUUUGCAGUCCUAUUUUAAGCAAUUAUUCCUUCAAAUACCCUCUUUUAAACCUCUGAUACAUAUCAUCCUUGAUAAAAUACAACAUCAUCUUCACAAGGGCAAUUGGCACCAUAACGUGUUCUAAAAGUUGUAAUUAAUUAUGUAUUUUAGCCACCUCUAAAUUUGGUUAACUAAUUCCCUUGGAUAAGUUGAUGGUAAGCUGCCUUCUUGAACCACUGCAUUUGUGGGCUGCAAGUACACCAAAAGCAUUAUAAGGAAUCUGCAACUCAUAAUAGGGUCAAAUUUACCCUGGUGGCCAUAUUAGGGAAUUUCAGUCAAGUGUUUGAAGCAGAUGGUUCUCAGUUAAGCACCUAUGGAAACUCCCCAGGCUAACGAGAUUGUCCCUUUACGUCAUCUGUAGUUAAAUGUUUUCUAUCAUUAACUUUCUGACGUGUAAUACACAUAAGUUAAUAUUAUAAAUACAUUAACAAUUCAAUGGACCUGGCGCAAUUCAGGUGUUGUAGGUGAGAAUUGUGUAACUUUAAAAAAACAAAUUAAUUUAAAACCUGGGGUUGUUGUGUUUUAGAGAGAGAGGUUAAUAAGACAAAAUGAGUCUUAUUCUGUUAGCUGUAAAUACUUUAAUUCAGUAGAUUUCUCCUGGGGGUAUAGCCUUGAAGCCACUAUAUGAGAUAAAUGAAGAGAUCCGUCUUUCGUAUUUUCAGUAUCCUGGCUUUUUAAAAAUUUAUUUGUUAAAAACAACUAUUUGCAUAACCAAUUAUAAUUAGUAGAAUUGGCAUAAAGCACUCUUGGCCCUUACCAUUUCACCAGUCUCAGUGGUUAACACUGCUGCCUUGCAGUGCCAGAGACCCAGGUUCGAUUCCAGCCUUGGGUGACUGUCU